UUAGCUAUCAGAACAGUUUCCUGUUUGGAGGAAAAUCUACUUGUAAGAAGUUGACAUUGAACACAUUCAGCGUUAAAAACAUGGUUUCUCUGUCUUUAAACUCGUUAAAAACAAUCAUGCGGGCGAUGGUGGACACUCCGGGGUUUGAUCGAGUUUUAAGUAAGGUGGACAUUGUAACAGCCAGCCCAGGGACAGUGGUGUGUGAGUUUAAAGUUGAAGAGGAGCACACCAACCGGGGGGGCACCCUUCACGGGGGUCUAACGGCAACGCUGGUCGACGUCAUCUCCACCACGGCCAUCAUGUACACGGAACGGGGGGCGCCUGGUGUCAGCGUGGACAUGAACAUCACGUACAUGAACGCUGCCAAGGUGGGUGAGGACGUGCUGAUCACUGCCAAGGUGUUGAAGCAAGGACGGACCCUGGCGUUCGCUACUGUAGACCUCACUAGCAAAGCCUCCGGGAAACUCAUCGCACAAGGAAGACACACAAAGCACCUUGGUAGCGAGAUCAGCCGCUCGGUGGAAGGGUGACGUUGCCCCUAGACGCUGAGCUUGGGUCGGUUUUGCAUUCCCCCCCCACUAAUGGUUAGGAUUGGGGGGGGAAGCUGAUCCGAGAUCUGUACCUAGGGGAAACUCCCCCCCCAGAGACACUGUCAGCAAAUUGGGAAUUAUCAUACUGCUGCUGUGUAGUACUGUCAGGCAGGAAGUCUGUGGGUGAAGAUGACUGUUGUGGUACUGUGUCAGUAAUUGUUCUUCACCCCCACAGACUUGCUAAAUAUUUUUUGCAUGUCAUUCUGCUGUAAAUAUAUACUUUGUGUACACACAAUAAAACACACCAGGAAAUACUUUAAAGUUUGCACUGUAUUGGGAUAUUGUUCAGCCGUGUUGAUUUUUUUAGAUUCAUUUCAAAAUGAAGAAUAAACUCAGAAAAAUGACCCGCCUUUAAUCGAACAUAUUGAAUCAACAAAGAAAACCCUAAAUUAAAUGUACUGACUGAUUUGUGCCUUAUUUCUCCCAGCAAAGCAAGCUUGCAAAAAAACACCCCAUUUUACAUUUUAUAAGCACUGCAACAAUUAGUACUCUUUAGGAUACUUGUCUGUCAAAUUAAAGAACAUAAAAAUGUAACGAUCCCAUUAAUUUUAACUCAACAACCUGUUCCAUUGUUAGGUACAUUAGCUUUAACAUUAGUUCUUCCAUAUUCAACACCCAUGCCAACCCACACCCGGGAAAAAAACAAACCCAUCCUAUUUCAGUAGCUUGAAUGGCUUGCGUGGUUACAACCUUCAGCAUAUAACAAACAUAUUCAACCCUGUAUACUCCAGAUCUUACCAACGGUCCCUCCCAUCAGUUCCCAUCUAUACUCCAGAUCUUACAAAUGGUGUUCCUGGAAUAUUUCACAGGAAAAGCAAAUUAACCCCAAAAUAAAAAGAGCCAAACAUUAAACAACGGUGGCUUAAAAGGAAAAAUAAAGCUGUAACUACCUACACCAAAUGAUUUGACAAAUACUGUUCACCUUUUAUCUUUGCUUUACAGGAAACGUUUUAACACCACCUAGGCUGACCUGUCAUCAUAGAUUGAACCUAGUUGUUCUAGAACCCCCCCCCCCAGUAUAUUUUCCUCUUUCACCUAUCUUUGAAAUGACAGAAGCUUUUCCAAUCUGUUAUGAGAUGGGUUACGAUGCGUCCAGCAGAGAC